AUGGCCAUCAUGACCAACAUGGGCAUGCAUGUCUUCCACCCAGACUGGCAAAACGUGCGACCAGGCACGAUGCCCCAGGGCCGGCAGUUCAGCACCACCUUCAGGAUGAUUACCUUGAAGGUCUUUGGCCGAGAAGAAGAGAUCAUGCUGCCUGUCCAGACCUGCACGAAGGUUGCCGAUGUGCGGGAUGCCUUGGCACGAGCGUUGGGCCUUGACCCUGAAAGUGUCCGACUCAGGCUUGCCUGGCUUGCCGUCCUCCUGUGUGCCAGGGGCAACCAGCAGUUUACCCCAGUGGGCUUCGAGGACGUCCAGGAGGUCUGGAUCAUCGGUGACCUCCAUGGUGACAUGCAAUGUGCCGAGCAGUGGGUGAAGAGGACAGGCCUGGUCGACCUGGACACCUGGAAAUGGCAGGGUGGAGAGCGCAGCGCGUUGGUCUUCAUGGGGGACUACGUGGACCGAGGCCCUGACGGCCUACAGGUCCUGAGCUUCGUGCGAAAUCUCACCUGGAGCUUCCCUCGAAAUGUGCUGGCGCUCAUGGGCAACCAUGACCUGUACUUUCUUGCGGAUUCUGUGUUGCCGGAUGGUGCCACCACUCUCAUGGGCAUACCGGUGAGAGAUUUCAGCUUUUCAUUCAUCCAUCCAGAAGAGUACCUGAACUGGGUGCCGGCGAGCGACGCCAAGGCAGAAGACAAGUCCGAGAUCAUGCCAAGCCUUCUGGCAGCCUUGCAGUACGUCUACCAGAUGAGAUUGGAGCGCCAGGUGAUGAUGACGAAUGGUCCUGACCAAAGGAGCCUCUUCGCCUGGCCCCCGUUCAUUCACAAUGAGACACUGCGCCAGCGCAGCGUGCAGCGCCUCGAGCAGUGGCAGCAGCACCUCGCUGAAGGUCUCCACAGCUCUGGCUUAGCUGAGUGGCUCCUCGAGCGCCCCGCGCUGGCGGUCGUGGCAGGUACCUUGUUUGUCCAUGGUGGCCUGAUGCCUGUCCGGGACGUGUCAGAGCUCGUUCCCCUUGCUCCAGGACAUUUGCACAGUGACCUUGGCCAACUCUUACAAGAUGGAGGUGCUGGUCUAGAGCUCCUGCAGCAGGCCACAACGUAUCGUGGCUUUCACGCGGACGACCCACGAGGCUGCAGCGAGGUCGAGUCUGUGCUUCGAGCCGUUCGGAAAGUGGCGAAUGUUAGUCGGAUUGUUGUUGGGCACACUCCAGACGAUGAGGUCCGCAUUCGAUGCCGAGAAAAAUUGGUUGCCGCUGACGCGGCAUUGAGUCGAUACUACCGUGCCUACGGGAACCGGUAUUGUCCUAUCAAGACAGACGUGCAACGCCUCGCCAACGCAGGCUGCUCCGCGCCUGUGCCGGCGGAAUGCCAGGGACAGGUGGCCCACCUGCAAUCCAACGGCAAAGUGAGGCGUGUGCCAAUGACUGGCUUCGACAAGUGGACGGAUGAAGAGGCUGCCCAUUCUGAGCAUUCUCCUAGCUGCUGGGUGCCUCUCACGGGCAGCAAGGCGGACUCGGGAGCAGGAACCAUGCGGCUGAAGCUCGUAGGAAGAAUUGGCUUCGAACCUCUCAAUUCGCAGUUCGCACAUUCUGCAUCCAGCGCAGUAGACUCCUCACUGGAGACGGCUGGCACAGCGAUGCGAGGCGUCAUGCCGCCAAUUCUUGUAACCUCUGCCCUGCGAGAUGGCAUAGGCAUCCUCUUCCUGGUGAAGCAAGGCUGCAGCACACGGAAGCAGAUGCUGUCGGAGGAGGUCGCCACGUCGGUCAUCGUGAAGGGCAUCAAGUCCUUUCGGCCCUCCAGACAUGAGUGGCCGCAUCCAACUGGCGUCAUAGGUGCCGGCUACAACGGCCUGAAAACCGCCAUGCUCUAUACCAAGGCUGGCAACGACAACUAUGUGGUCUUCGACCGAAAUGACAAGGUUGGAGGAUACUGCUGGAUCACAGCGGCAAACACUCACUCCAAACUGCAGACUGAGUUCGGGUCGUUUCACAUCUGGUGGGGUCAGGACCUCGUGACCGAGAAGUGUCCUUACCCGAAGGGUUGGGAGAUUUGGCCCAAGAAGAAGGAGGCUCCGCUGAGGGACCAGGGAGGGCGACGAAACGGACUAAACCUGACCUAA